AUGAAAUACAUUAAUAUUACAACUAUAGAAAAUUUUAUCAUUGUUGGCUUCCCUGGACUUCAGCCUGAGUAUUAUGGAGCAGUGUCUUUCCUCCUCCUCCUCCUCUUCUUAUCUAUUGUGCUUGGAAACGGUUUUAUUUUAGCUGUGAUCCUGCAUGAGAGGACUCUACACAAACCAACAUACCUGAUUUUUUCCCAUCUUGCACUGACAGAUAUUGUUUUUGGUACAGUUACUCUUCCAAAAAUUGUAGCUAGAUAUUGGUGGAAUGACAUGAUAUCUUCAUUUGGGGUCUGCUUUGCACAGAUGUAUUUUGUCCAUUCUCUUGGAGCCAUUCACUCUCUGAUUUUAAUGAUCAUGGCUUUGGAUCGUUUUUUUGCCAUAUGGCUUCCAUUUCGAUAUCCUGUUGUGAUUACAAACAAAUCAGCGUCUGUUGCUUGUAGCCUGUGUUGGAUUCUUACGUUCAUACGUAUGAUGGGGAUUGUACUGCAUGCUCUGACUUUGCCCUACUGCCACAAAAACAUCAUCUCACACUGCUAUUGUGACCAUUUAUCAAUCACUCAGCUGGGAUGUGGUGAUGGGGUUGCAUACGUAAAAGCUGUCGCUCUUGCUAAUGCCAUGGUCAGCCUCCUGGUCCCUUUAUCUUUCAUCAUCUUUUCUUACUUCUCUGUGAUCAUAGCUGUGCUCAAAAUGUCUCAAACAGAGGGGCGGACCAAAGCGCUGUCCACCUGUGCUCCUCAGAUCUUUAUCACCUGUCUGUAUUAUGUGCCCAGAUGUUUCAAUUAUAUUGCUCAUAACUUGGGGUUUCGUUUCAGCAGUGAUGCUCGAAUUGCUAUCACCAUGAUGUACAGCCUCAUCCCUGCUGUGGUUAACCCAAUAAUUUACUGUUUGAAGACUAAGGACAUUAAAGAAGCACUGAUCCAUAGAUUUAAGAGGAGGAAGGUGAACAUUGCAGUUGACUCUAAAAGAUAA